GACUUGGCUUUUUUAGGUACCUUUUAGAUAUUGAUUGAAUUCAUAAAUUGUUAUCAAAAUUGUUGCAACAAGGAAAUUCGCAAUUUUGGUUUUAAAAUAUAAAUAAAAAAAUAAUUUUCCGUGUUUUAUUGAUCGCAUCCGUCGUUUUUUGGUGUUACUGCUGCGUGUUACUGUUCUGGGUCUAGUGUUUUUUCUGGGGCGAAUAUGUCUAAGAAGGCAAUUGCCGAUCAAGAAAACACAAUAAAAGAUUCCCUUUUUGAAUUGGUGAAAAAACACAUACCUGACGCCGAUUUGACCUUAAUUGACGAAAUAGUCUUGUCCUAUGUCGUUGCUUUCCUUGAAGAUGUGGGAUCUGAUUCAACAUUUGACGAUGAAGGUUUUUGCGAGAUGAUGGAAGCAUAUUUUCCAGAAUUUGGAAGCAUUAAUCACAGUUUAGUGUGUGAAUGGAUGUUUGCUUUGGAAGCAAAACUUAGAAAAAUUGAAGACUCUGAACAAAAAAGUCCCACUCUAGAGAUUAGCUUGCCAGAAAUUUUGCCAAAAAUUAAGCCCAGAUCUCCGAACAAUUCCGAAAGUUUCGAAUCGGUCCCAAAACGGAUGCACAAACUCUCCGAAAUGAGCGACGGAGGGUCAACCGAUAGUUCGUGUUGCGAUUUUCCCGACGAGAUGGACAUCCUCCAGGAGAUGUUCCCCACCGUUUGUUCUAUAGAGGUCAAACAUUGUCUAGCCAUAGCGGCCGGUGAUAUCGAACGUGCCACGCAAAUUUUAAUCGAUCGCCAAGAAAAUGGUCAGUGUCUUAGUCAAAACGCAACCCUCACCAUACAAGUGGCCAAACAGAAAAUAGAUGACGCGGAACUGAAGAAUCGCAUCAUCGAGAGAUAUUCAUAUAUCGACAAAGACGCCCUGAAUAAGGAAUAUCGUCCGGUAGCUCCGAAGGUGGAACCGAAAAAAUUGGUUCGCUAUCGCGACAACAAAAUCGUAAGUCUGAAGGGGGAGCGUUAUACAGAGGUAAAAAAGGGAGACGAUGUGGAAGACAUUUCGCUGAAGAAAAACAAAAAGGGCCAAAGUCAUACUCCGUAACCAUAUGUGUAUACGUUAUUAACACUGAUUUCGUUCGAGUUAUUUUGGUUAGUUUUGGUAAGACCGUUCAAUGAACCUUUGUUUUCUCGCCCUACCUGUAUGUCGAUUCAGUUCGUCACCGCGUACUUUUUUAUUGGUCCGAAGAUGCAGUCGCUCCAAUAUGACGGCCAUAUAUUCUUAUUCGUGUUUCUUCGGAUAUUAAAGAUAGCCGCUAGGGAUAAAUUAAUGUCGCUUAGUAGACUCGCCUUAGGGUUGUUUAGAUUGCACGACGAUUAUAACUAGCUAUAGGGAGCAAGUGUUAGGCUGUGUCGGGUGUCGGAGGCCAACCAAAAAAAUGCCACUCUUGAAAUACGUUGUUUCUUUAGUUUGGGAUGUGUCAGGACCGGAAAACUGAUUCAAGAACGCAUUUCCCAUUGAUAAUUUCCCAGUGGCGUGCAGGGUAGGCAAGAGGGAAAAAAAUAGCGCCGCAGGCGAAAAACAAACACAAAUCGUACACAAUAUUGCCAGAUUUCCAAUUAGCACUGCCUAAUAUAUUUUAUGGCAGAAUGAUUUUGCAGUCAAAUAAAAUAGUAUUUGGAAAUAAUAUACAGAUGACUUACAACCAAAUUUCUAAUUUGCUACAUAAUACACAUCUUGAUAAAACAUCAUAAAAUUGAUCGUUUACCUAAAAUAACGUGCAUUGGCAACACCGCAUGCGGCGGGCCGCGAUAUCGCAGUGCAUCCGACGGAUCGGACGGUCCCGACUGCUUUCGUGUGUUCAUUGCUUGCAGUAACGCACUGCCGUGCGAUAGACUUUGAAUAAUGGGUUGCGUUUUUUAGGUGAUAAUAAGACGUUGAACAGGUGGCGUUUGUUUUGUAUGUUUCCCGCUUUGCAACCGUAAUAAAUUUACUAUUUACUAAUUUACUAUUUAGAAAAAUAAAAAUAUGUAUGUCAUUUUAACUAGGUAUGUCGUAAUGAAUGAGCGUUGUUAGAUAAAUAGAUUUUCAAUUUAUGUUUGUCUUGAAUGAACGAAAGGGUAGGCAAUGCUUUUUUGCCUAUAUGUAAUGCACGCCACUGUAAUUUCCCACUAAAAAUUUUAAUAAAAAAAAUUAUAAUUUGGUAUUAUGUUAAUGAGGAUGGUGAUCUUACAAACCGGAAUAUCGAAUGCUAUAAUAAACCCUUAUAGCUGUUAAUCGUUAUGGGGACCACAAAUACAGUAAAAUCAUGACACCUCAAGAAUUUACCUGGCAUAUUACCCCUACAUUGACAUAUUAUGGUCCUGGGGCAAUUUGAUAUUUGUUUUCUAAUUUAUUUACAGUAUGGGACAACUUCUAUGAUAGAGACGAAUGUUAGGCUGCCUUUAAAGGUAAAUUCUUCGAUCUUGAUAAUUUGUAUUAGUUUAUUUCAACACAAUUUAUUUGCACAAAUGUUAAAAAUGGAAAAAACUAGAAAAACGUUUGAAGAAUUAUAAUCACAUAACUAAUUAGUAUAUAAAGUUUUACAUUGUUGUACCGGGUAGCCCAUUAAUAAAGGACGCCGGCCAUAUCUCAGGAACCGUUCGUCCUACAACUUAGAAAAAAUUAUUUUAAAGAAAGCUGGAAAUCAUUUUCAGGUUCUUAAAAUGUCCGCUAGGGGUCGUCCUCUGCUGUAAAAUUGAACAAAAAAGGUUUUCUCAAAAAUAUUCCAAAUUACCCUAUAUCAAAAUUAGUUUUAACGUAAUCUGCUUUAGAAAAGGAGAGCUAUAAAAACAUAUAAUGUAAUAAAUAUUUUUAGCUAAACACAACAAGUGGUGGAAACGGUAUAGAAAAAUCGUUUUUCCCCUCUGAAAUAUAAAUAAAAAUUAAUUUAAAAAUACUUUCUUACGUAGGUAUAAUAGAAGCAGUGUUAGCCGUUACCAUGUUAACCGCUAAGCGUACUUAAUUAUUUGAUUCUUUUCUCCAAUAUUGACACUAACAUGUAAUAUAUUAAUAAAUUAUAUUGACGAUAAAUUUUUUUUUACCAUCAUUGAUUAUUGGCGAUUAUUAUGGACAAAUUAGGACAAUAUCAAAUUUAACUCUAACUCUAAUAUAAAAUAUAUGUUUAUAUGCCAUGUCACUACUUUCUUUGCUCUUUCAUCUUAGCUGAAAAUAUUUAUACCAUUAUAUUCGGAAUUUUCCAGAAAAUCAUAAAAAUAGCUGUUUUUGAAAUGAAGCACCCCCUACCGACUCGUAAAAGAAUUAAUAUCCUGAUAUUGAUAUGCCAGUCGAAGUUGCUAUAAAUACUCUUUAACAAUAAACUAAGUUCUUGGAAUAGCCAAAAAAAAAAGAUAUUCGACUUUUUCUAACCAAUAUUUGACUGACCCUUAAUUUGACGAGAUAGAAAAAAAAUAGUUCAAACAAAAAAGUUUCCUUAUCUAGAGUAGAUUACGUUAAAACUAAUUUUGAUAUCGGUUAAUUUGCAAUAUUUUUUAGAAAACCCGUUUUUUCUAUUUUACAGUAAAAGUUACGCCCCCUAGCGGCCGUUUUAUAAACCGGACCAGCUUUUUCUCUUCACCGGUUUAUCUAUAAAUAUAUAUUUUUUUAAUAUUCUCAGGUGAUCUCCCUCAAUUGCUGAAAAGUUGUUAUCAAUAAUGAAUAUUCUAUUAAUUAACAAAAACCCUAGGACCAUAUUUGUUGUUUUUGUUCUGCUAACUGUUUUCAUUUCAAAUUCUAAUACUUACAAAAUAGUAGUCCACAAUUGGU